AUGGACUUUCGCACCCUCCUUACAUUCCGGCACGAUUUGACGUCGGAUAACAUUUUCUUUUCGUUUGUUCUACGGACCCUUCGAGAAGCCGGUGACAUGACACACUUAUUCAGCAUCAUAGUUUUAUUGCUUAAAAUCAACGCCACGAAAUCGUGCUCAGGGGUUUCUUUAAAAACUCAGGAGCUGUACUUACUUGUAUUUGUGACGCGAUAUUUGGACCUAUUUCAAAGCUACAUUUCCUUGUACAACUCGUGCAUGAAGUUUAUAUUCAUCGUUUCUUCUGGGUGCAUAAUCGGUUACAUGCGUAAGCAUAAAGUGGUUAGUCAAACCUACGACGCUGAGCAGGAUACGUUUCGUGUGGCGUUUCUCGUGUGGCCGAGUUUCCUCUUGGCAGCUGUAAUUAACCAGAAAUUAUCAGUCAUGGAGAUUCUGUGGACGUUCUCGAUUUAUCUUGAAUCAGUUGCUAUACUUCCACAACUAGUCCUGCUGCAACGCACAAAAAAUGUUGAUAACUUGACCAGCAAUUACGUAUUUUUGCUCGGGAGCUAUCGAGGUCUGUAUCUUUUGAACUGGAUAUAUCGAUGUUUGACGGAGGAGGGCUAUCGCCAAUGGAUUGUAUGGAUCUCUGGACUACUGCAGACAGCUAUUUAUUGUGAUUUUUUCUACUAUUACCUGAAGUCUUGGCGCAAAAAUGAACGUCUCUCGCUACCUUCAUGA